CCGCGCAUGCGCCCCUGGCCGGAAGCAGGCCGGGGUGGUGCAGCGGCGGCCAUGGCGAUGGCGGAGAAGUUCGACUCCCUGGAGGAGCACCUGGAGAAGUUCGUGGAGAACAUUCGGCAGCUCGGCAUCAUUGUCAGCGACUUCCAGCCCAGCAGCCAGACGGGGCUCAAUCAGAAAUUGAAUUUCAUGGUGACGGGCUUGCAGGAUAUCGACAAAUGCCGGCAGCAGCUUCACGAUAUCAGCGUGCCUUUGGAAGUCUUUGAAUACAUCGAUCAAGGCCGCAACCCUCAGCUCUACACUAAAGAGUGUCUGGAGCGAGCUUUGGCUAAAAAUGAGCAAGUAAAAGGAAAAAUUGACACAAUGAAGAAAUUUAAAAGCCUAUUAAUUCAAGAACUGACAAAGGUGUUCCCAGAAGACAUGGCAAAGUACAAAGCUAUUCGAGGAGAAGAUCCUCCUCCCUAAGUUGGCCUUCGAUAGCUUUAAAAAUAUCCCAUAAACUGACACCACCUUAUAAAAACACUGAUUGGAGAGAGGGGGAAUCCAGGCCCUCAUAACUGUAUUAAAAAUGGCAGUGAUGGACUGUAAAGGAGCUUGAUGAUUGUUGAUGGUUCUGGUCUGAAGCUGCUUUAUCUUUCUGAAGACUUCUACUCAGACACUGUAGUUGAAACUUCCUGUGGUAAUCUGCUUUUCUUUCCUGAAAGGUUUUGGAGAUUUGUAAAUGCCUACAGGUCAUCAAUACAGAGCAUUUCCCACAAAGUGCAUUUCCAGAGCAGAAAAACACGUUUUUUUGGCCUCUGAAAACUGUGCCUCAGGAUUGUGCACUCGUCUGUUUUUAAGAGAAAUGCAUUUAUUACACUUGAUUAUUUUUCAUUUGUAAACUUUGGGGUUUUUUUAAUUGCAGUACAAACAGUUGGCUGCUUUUGUCUUGCCAAAUUCUGUUGAGCAGGAGUCUGUCAAGGGCUGCAGUUUUCAUGUGUCAUAAUUAGUUGCAACCAGGAAAACCUUCAGAUGUUUUAUUUUGUUCUAUGAGCUACAGUGCAGGUGGCUGAGGAUAGAGUAAGUGAGCAUACCUGGAGACUAUCUCCUCAGCAACUUUAAUGUUUUGUGCAGUAUUUAAUGUAAGCUUUUGUUUAUUCAUAUUCUGCAAACACGUUGUUGAAUAAAAUUUGAAAAAAUCUAAAUCCUGAUGUUUUUCUGUUGUAUGCUGCUCUUUGGAGUGUGAACUGAAAGCUGUGAAAAAAUAGCAUAUUCCUCAGUUCCACCGUUUUAGAAAUAAAAUGUAUAUCAAAACUUGGCUGUUAAAAUUU